AUGUCUCAAAUAUUAGAAUGGGCAUUUGGAAAGAGAUUAACUCCUCAAGAAAGAUUAAGAAAAAAUCAGAGAGCGCUUGAGCGUACUCAAAGAGAGUUGAGUAGAGAGACUGUUAAACUACAGAAACAAGAAAAAAAACUCAUAGGAGAUAUUAAAGCUUCAGCGAAGCAGGGUCAAAUCUCUAGCGCCAAGAUUCAGGCGAAAGAUCUAGUCAGAACGAAGAGUUACAUCAAUAAGUUUAAUUCUAUGAAGGCACAACUUCAAGCCAUAUCAUUAAGGAUCCAAUCAGUAAGAUCAAACCAACAGAUGGCUACAUCUAUGAGAGAUGCUACAAGGGUUUUAAAUGGAAUGAAUCGCUCAAUGAAUCUUCCUCAAUUAUCGAGAAUUGCUCAAGAGUUUGCGAAGGAGAAUGACCUUAUGGAUCAAAAACAAGAAUUCAUGGAGGAUGCUGUGGAUGAUGCGAUGGAGGAUGAUGAAUUAGGCGAAGAUGAGCAAGUAGAUGAAAUACUAGGAAAAGUUUUAGAUGAAAUUGGAGUUGAUUUGAAUACUACGCUUAAGGAUACGCCGAACGCUAUCCAUUCUGCUGAGCCGGUAUCAAAUAGUAACCGGGUGGCUCAACCUAUAGGCGGUGCUCCUACAAAUGAUGAGGAUGACUUGCAGGCUAGACUCGAUAGUUUAAAAAAAUAA